AUGGCGGCCGGGCCGGGGCCGUGGCUGCUGGGCUCGGGCUUGGCCUUGGGGCCGGCAGGCGUGUGGGCGCAGCUGAGGCUGGUGGAGGCCGGCGGAGGGCAGCGAGCGCCCGGGGACUCCGUGCUCCUCUUCUGCCGCGGACACGGCUUCGACUUCGGGACAUACGCAAUAAGAUGGUACCGUCAGGCACCCGGAGGCAGGCUGGAGUGGGUGUCCUUUAUCUCCCCUAGUUCAUCACUGAUUCAACGUGCACCGGCAGUGAAUGGUCGAGCCUCUGUGUCCCGGGACAAUUCCCGGUUUAGGACAGCUCUGUCUCUAAGUGCCCUGAGCCCACAGGACUCUGCCCGCUACUUCUGUGCUGUUCGCUGGUGGGGUCUCAGUGUGAGGACAGAUAAGCUUAUUUUUGGAAGUGGGACGACUCUCACAGUUGAGCCAAACAACAUAAGGAGUUCUGACCCACAAGUCAUUGUGGUGAAGUAGAAACUGGAAGAAGAUGGCAACACCGAGAAAGUAGCUUGUUUGGCAAGGAAGUUCUAUACAAAGAAUGUCAUCUUGGAGGUGUCCUCUAAUGAAGCCAUAUAUGAGCAAAAUACACCCGUUUUGACAUCAGAAGGGUUGUACGAUACCAUUAAGGUGGUCAGUGCAACAAAAGGCACAGAGGUGGCUUGCACAGCCAAACACGAUGGCAAAGAAGCAUUGCUAGAAAAGGAGGCUGAAGAAUCAGUAACAGGGAACAUUUGCAACACCACAGACAUCUCUAUGCAAGAUGCUGAAGGGGAGAAAACAAACAUGCUCUCUGUGACUGUGUUGGGCUUGAGAGUCCUGCUGGCAAAAAGUAUUGCCUUCAAUGCACUCAUGAGCAUCAAGCUGUUUCUUUUCUGA